AUGACUUCUUUCAAAGAUCUCUUAAGCUCAUACAACAUAAUACCAACACAUACCGCUCUUGCAGAUGCCUUUUACUGUUAUAUUCAAACAUUAGGCACUGCAUCAUAUCAAAGAUAUGUACAAAAAUGCGCAAAAGAUCAAUACGUAGAUAAUUUGAUCCAAUAUCAAAGUGAACGUCGUAUGCAAGAGGUUGAUGAUAAUUAUGAGAACGAUGAAGACAACAAUAACGGCAAUGAGGAAAAUGCGUCGCCAUCAUGCGUUGAAUUCAAUGAAGAUGAAAUUAAACGAAGGUUAAAAAAAAUAAGUCAAUCAUCUAAUAUGUCGAAAACAGCGCGUUUGAUUAUCAACAAUAUCGAUCGAAUUAAGUUAAAACCAAACGAUUUGAUAUCAGACGGAAUUCUCGAAAUUAAUUAUAUCAAACAAAAUAAUCGACCCUUAUACGAAAUUAUUAAAAAAAAUGGAUGCCUAAAAGAUUUCGCCCUUCCUCAAUUGGAUGACUCGGUUGGACUCACAUAUAAGGAAGUAGAAUUUGUCCGUAAUAAUAUAUUAUAUGGAUCGAGCGCGAUCCCAGAAGAAAAAUUCGAAAAUCAUAUAUUUUAUAAUUCUUUAAUUACGUUUCUAUCACAACUCAAAGGCGUUUGGAGAUCACAAGCAUACAAAGAAGAAUCGGAAACGAUAAACGAAAAAUCAUAUUCCCACCAAAUAGUUAAACCAUUCAUGGACUUUAUUAACCACAACGUCGAAAAUAUAGAAACCAGAUACGACGGACAUCGCUCUGUGACUACACAAAAUCGCAAUGCCGGGAACGACGGACCAAUAAGAUAUCCAGAUGUCUUUUCGUAUAAAGAAAAUAAAUUAUAUUCGUUUAUUUAUAAGUAUUUGUUUGGCGAAAUCAGUAACGGUCCUUUUGCGAAAGACGACAUCAAACAUAUCAUAGACGAUAAAAUUCGACUUGGAAAGUUCUCCAAAGAUAAUCUAAACUCGUUAAAAUUUUUCAUCGAAUCGUUCGAUGAUUUGAAAGAGUUGGAGGGUUAUCUUUAUUCAUUCUCAAAUACCAUGCUACAUUUUUAUCGCAAAAAAAUGGAUGUCUACUAUAUGGACUAUGCAAUAGAACCAUUUUUCCGAUUGUGUUUGAUAAAAUCCGUUGAUCUUCCUUUGACAAUGUCGACAAACGAACCAGAAACAGUCGAUGAAGUAAUAAGAACAUUAAACAUAUUAAUAUCUAUAAAUAAGUCUGUUAAGAAAAAUACUAGAACAAUCGAUCUCAUAAAUAACAUAAUAGUGGGUAAAACAAGAGGGGAUAGAACUCCGGAACGAAGAAACGUAAGUUUGACCAAUUCUACUCAUCAUUAUUUCUUGGAUAUUGAUGAUUGUGAAGUAUUGUAA